UGAUCCCUAAAAUUCACGAUGCACAUGCCAUCUUCGGCUUAAACAGUCGAAUUGUUUGUCUCUCUGUUUCGCAAGCCAUUGUAAUGUUUAGAUAUCUUGAUAGCUAUAAUUAGCACACUCAGAUCCUAGUUUGGCUGACUCCACUUUAGGAGGAUUUAGGUCGACUUUUAAUUACUCAUAUUUACUUUUAUAGCCAUUAAUCGUUAAGAAGCGCUGGUGGUCUAGCGGUAAGAGCGCGUGACUUGCAAUCCGGAGGUCGCGGGUUCAAACCCCAUCGUACCAAUUAGUUUUUCGGAACGUAUGUACGAAUUUUGAUAUUUACCAGUCGCUUUUCGGUGAAGGAAAACAUCGUGAGGAAACCAGACUAAUCCCAAUAAGGCCUAGUUUAACUGUGUUGGAAGGUCAGAUGGCAGCCGCUUUCGUAAAAACUAGCUACGCCAAUUCUUGGGAUUAGUUGCCAAGCGGACCCCAGGCUCCCAUGAGCCGUGGCAAUAAGCCGGGACAAACGCUAGGAAGAUGAUGAGUAAUUAAUCGUUAACUUUGGAACGAAACCGUUUUUUCAGAAUUUUAAGCGAUAUUGAAAUUAUUAGCAUUGAAUACUUAAUGCAAUAUUUUUUAAAGCAGUUAUGAAUAGCUUGGAAUUGUCGAUCAUCUAAUAAAAUUAAAAUAUAUGUCGACCAGAAUUUUGAAAUAAACUAAUGGUAAAGAUAUUAUACAUGCACAUUUUUGGUUUAAAAAUUAUAUAUUUAGACCCACUGUAUAUACGUAUACAUAUAAUUAUGUAGUUUAGCCAGGGACUGUAUAAUUUCAAAUAUAGAUAGAGAUAAUCAUACUGUCUUGGUCUUACGCUAGUAGUAGCACCUAAAAGAAAGGGAUGAGUAUAAGUAGGUUCGUUCUUAUUUACUGACAAAUUUAGUUUGCCAGACAUAGAUUUGAAUUAAACAUAGAAUUGUCUCACAAUUAAGUAUGUAUUUUUAUUAUCUAGCAGGAACCGGAAAAAAAAAAAAAAAAAUUUGUGGUUUUGAAUAUUAUUUGGUCAAAAUCAAAAUAUUGAUCACAAUGUUACUCAUCUGACUUACAAUGAACGUUUGAAUGAAUACAAAUAAACUAGAUUGGAAUUAUUUUAUAAAUCGUGACCUACAGUAACCUCACGAUACCUCGUGAAAAUUUACAUCAAAACGUUCUCCACCUCGGAAGUAUUGAUUACUCUAUUCAUAACACCAAUGGUCAAAUUCCAAUUCUACCAAUAAAAAGAACAUAUUAUUUUGCCCUUUUUAUAGAUCACGACGUUCCAAAAUAUAUAAUGACAACAUUGUAAACAUAUAGAAAUCAUUCCCAAUUAAAUUUUAACAUAAAACUGCGCUACUUGAACUUGGGAUCUCCGCGUGCAUCUUUACAAACUUAUCCGUUCACUUUCGAAACUUAGAGUUUUUAAAUUUCGAUCUUACUGCUACGCAACAAAGUAAGAUUUCUGAUAGCAUUUGAGGAUGUUCGAAGAAAUAACUGCAAAGAUAAUGUUGUUAGAAUUCGUGAGCACGUUUUUUUAGACGACUUUUGAAGAUGUAUAUAAACCAAAUGUGGUGCGUUUCGUAGCAUCAGUAUCUGGGAUUCGCUCAUAGGAGCUGGUUCGGGAGAUAGUUCGGCACAAGAGAUGAAUUUGUUAAUAGUAGCCGCGUUGGCUGCGGUUUGCGGCGCAGCCAAGCUCGACCGCACUUACCUGCCUCCUGCAUCAGCCAGGACUGCAGGAGGCAGUGCAGCAUCACUGCAGACUCCUAACUCCUUCACCCAGAACUCGGCUCCUAAAGGAAGCUACACCAAUGACUUCCAGGGCGUAGUUGUCGACGCUGCGCUUGCAGGAACCAGAGGUGCUUCAGGAUCUGAAGAAACCGGCCUUGGCGGUCCCCGUGACUCUUAUGGUUCCACUGCCUCUAAAGUUGGCGAAGCUGCCUUCCGAGGCGCCCAGGCUGGCUUCAGGUUCCCCCAAGGCUUCGGUCCUAACUCCGCAUUCGCUUCCACUUCACAAGAUGCCGAUCAGCUUGAAGCAAGAGAAUCACCUGAAGGCUUAGAAGUUUCAGGAGAGUCAGGAUUUGUAGAUUCAAGACCAGACCGUCCUCAGGCGGCUCAGGAACGCGCUGCCAACACUUUGAGGUUCGAUAGCGAAGUUGGUGUUGAGAGUUUCAACUACGCCUUUGAAACUGACAAUGGGAUUUCUGCUGAAGAGACUGGAACAGCAACCAACGGCGUCCAAGCUCAGGGUGGUUACUCCUACACGGGCGACGACGGGAAAGUGUAUACAGUGACGUACACGGCCGACGAGGGCGGCUACCAACCCAGGGGCGACCAUCUGCCGACCCCGCCGCCGAUCCCGGAGGAGAUCUUGAAGUCGCUGGAGCAGAACGCCAGGGAUGAGGCUAAUGGUGUUGUUGAUGAUGGCUUGUACGAUGCUCAGAAGUACAAUGCGGGAGGCGAUUACGCGGAAAGUGACAGCGCUAAUGGUAAACAGAAUGGCGGGCCAUCAGCCGGUACUAGGAACACCGACGUCGAUGCAAGCGGCACAUUCAUUAAUCAGAACAUUCAGAACGAACCUUUCAACCCCAACAGACAAGGCGGUGACAAAACAGUGAACCAGUUCACAAGCUUCCAAAACAAUGCUGCCAAUAGAUUUGGAUCGAGAAACGAGUAUUUGCCUCCGUUCCAACAGACACAAAAUCAAAGGCAACAGAACGGCAAACCGGAUAGUUCAGAUGCUGAUUCAUCCUCAAGCUUCCAACACGAAUCUACUGAGGGUUCUGGAGAUUUCCAUUCCCAACAACAGAACCGACCAACUUCUCAAACUUUCGGUUCAAGACCCACCGCUAAUAACCAAUUCAACGGCUUCAAACAAAGCGCUAAUGGAAAUCAGGCCAAUCAAAAUGGAAACCGCUUUUCUUCCCAAAGCAAUAGACAGCAGCUUGGAUCCGCGGCAAACGCUGCCUCACAAAACAGACCUAACCAGUUCUCGGCCCACGCUUCAGCCUCUUUCAACUCUCAACAUGCAACUUCUGUCCCUGACACUGAACUGACUACACCUUUUGAAACAAGUCCCCAAGAUGCUCAGUCAGCUCAAUCUUCCGUGCCUUCUACCAAUGCGUUUGGUAUCAACAAUCAGCCUAGCCACAACGGACAGUCGCACUUUGCGUCCCAAAACUCACAUCUUCAAACUUCCCAGGCGCCUGCUCAACCGACCAUUCCAUCGUUCCCUCAGUCUAGACCUCAAAACUCUAACAACCGUCCAAUUGGUGGAAACAGACACACACAAUCAGGAAUCUCUACCCUAGCACCCCAUCAGCAACAGAUGCAACAAUUCACCCAACAGACUGCUUUUGGUAGCAAGGGCCCUCAGUUUGCUCAAAGCCAAUUCUCUCAAAACGCUGAUAACCAAUUCUCUCCAAGCACUCAGAGAUCUCAAUUCGCGCAACAAGCUACCGCCGAGGAUGAUUCUUAUUACUAUAAUCAGCCCUCUAGAGCUUUUAAUACGCCCCAGUCCCCUUCGAGGUUUUCAAGCGCACCGGCUAAUCAGUUUGAUAGAGUAACCCAACGGCCAUCCUCUUUCCAAACUACUCAAGAAGAAGAAGAGAACUAUCCCUCAACUGCUUUUCCAUCCCAAAACGGUCAGCGUCAAGAUCCAUUUAGACGACCUUCAUUCCCUACUCCAUCGACUCCAUCAGAUAGCCAGUUCCAGAGUAACGCUAUUGCUUCAGCUACCAAUGGGAUCACUCAAGCGUCCGCCUCUCCUUUCACUGCGCCUACAUCAGCUCCUAGCUUCAAUGGUCAGCAUUCAAGCCAGUCUAGGCCACAAUUCCAACACUCAUCCUUCCAAUCAAGACAUCCUUCAUCACCACAACCCAGUAAACCUUCUUUCAGUGCGCAACCCACAUCCCAAUCACAGUCCAGUGGAGCUCUAUCGAGUCAAUUUGAAAAACAGAAUUUCGAGUCGGCUAAGCCUUUGAGCCAACAGCCAUUGCAAGAAGUGAAGGAGAUCAAGCUUGAUGACGAUACCAAACCAGAAGCGCCUGUAACGAACCUCCAAUACACUGGAGAGGUUUACGAAUACACCAAGCCAGCGGAGAUGUUGCCACCUCCAGAAAAUGGCUUCGGACAGUUCGGAACUAAACUGCCAAGUGCUCAGAAACCUGUUGAACCGCAACCCCAAAUUGGACAGGCUGCUUCAGCUCAAGUUACUUCGCAACCCAACUUUGGACAAUCUACGGUUUCCGCUCAAGCUACCUCUCAAACUGUUGCUCCCCAAUCUACUCAGUUCAGUCAUAGCACUAAGGCUCAACAAGGUAACCAAUACGGAUCGCGACCUCAAUCUGGACAGUCAACCGCUUCAGCUCAAGCAUCAUCGAAGCCGUUUGCGCUUCAAACUACUCAGUUCAGUCAAAGUUCACAAGGCAAAUUCGGAUCCCGGCCUCAGUUCUCGGCCUCUCAACAGGCAACAUCUGAAUCGUUCGCUCCUCAACCUACACAGUUCAGUCAAAGCGGCAUGAUUUCACAAGGUAAUAAAUUUGGAUCCCGACCUCAAUUCGGACAGUCUACCACUUCAUCUCAGGAGGCUACAUCUGACUCAUUCGAUCCUCAACCUACCCAGUUCAGUCAAAGCGGCAAGAUUUCACAAGGCAACCAAUUCGGAUCCCGACCGCAAUUCGGACAGUCUACCAUUUCAUCUCAACAGGCUACAUCUGAAUCAUUUGCUCCUCAUCCCACGCAGUUCAGUCAAAGCGCAAAAGCCCAGCAGACUACUUUCGGAUCUCGACCCCAAUUUGGUCAGGUACACUCACAGUCCCAACAAUCAACAUCUUUUGGUUCAAAGCCUCAAUUUGGCCAAGCUACCCAAGGUGAACAGUUCAGCGCUCAAACUCAGGAAGCCACUGAUGAGUUUAAUGCUAAACCAGCGAAACAGCAGUUCAACCAAGUGCAUCAAACUGAACAGCAUAACAAUCAAUUCCAGCGUAGACCAUCUCAAGGAAGCUUGGCUGCCGUUGACACUCCCAAACCUUUCGGUCAAGGAAAUACGUGUUGCAAAGGUGUGUUCGGUCAGCAACCCAGCUUCGGCAAAACUAGUCAGGAUAGUUCCAUUGCUUCAUCUUUCCAAAGCAACUCUGCCUUUAAACCAGCGCAGAGUUCGUCAGUCGCCGGUAAAGGAGAAGUUUUUGGAGGACCCAGAGCGCCACCUAGCUUUGACGAAACGGGUUACCAUUAUUAAGUUAGAAUAAGUGCCAUAGAACUAACUAUACGCUCUAGUUUUGAAAAUCUAUGCCACAUGGAUUUUAUAAUUUGACGACCGGUUUUGCCUAGUGGGUAGUGACCCUGCCUGUGAAGCCGAUGGUCCUAGGUUCGAAUCCCGGUAAGGGCAUUUAUUUGUGUGAUGAGCACAGAUAUUUGUUUCUGAGUCAUUGUGUUUUCUAUAUAUUUAAGUAUUAGUAUAUUAUUACAUAUAUCGUUGUCUGAGUACCCACAACAUAAGCCUUCUUGAGAUUACCGUGGGACUUAGUCAAUCUGUGUAAAAAUGUCCUAUAAUAUUUAUUUAUUUAAAUGUUAAACCAAAUGGCAUUGAAACUGGAACUGGAGCAUUGAUUGUGAUACAAUAGGGUGGAAGUGGCAGUAAUAUAAAUGAAAUUAAAUAAUAUCGUAGAUAUAAUGUAGUGAUAGUCAUCCGUGCUUGUACUGUAUAUUGUGAACAUGAAAUAUUCUCUUUAAUAAAUUAUUUCUGUAAAUAAUAA